CGUGACUGCAGGAAGCCGUGGAAAGCCCAACCGCAGCCUGCUUGCUAGGGAAGCCACAAAGGGACAGUUGCUCACCUGGGGAAGGUGCUUGCAAAACUGAAGGUCUUCUGCUCCAGAAGCAAGAUGGCCUGGCUCACCCACCUCCUGGCUUGCGUCUUUGGCACCGGUUCCUGGAUGGCCAUCAACGGAGUUUGGGUUGAGCUUCCCCUGCUGGUGACCGAAUUGCCGGAAGGCUGGUAUCUCCCUUCCUACCUCACCAUCAUCAUCCAACUGGCCAACAUUGGACCUCUCUUCGUCACUGUCAUGCACAAACUGAAACCUGGUUUCCUGAAGGAAGUCCCGGUCAUCUGCGUGGUGGUUUCCACCGGCAUCCUAGCGUGUUUCCUCCUGGCCUUCCUUUGGCAUUACACCACGCCCGUCGCCGGAGAACCGCACAGCGUGUCUUUCUUCGUCCUUACCUUCUUCCUCUCCCUGGUGGACUGCACCUCGUCCGUCACCUUCCUGCCCUUCAUGGCUCACUUCCACCCUCGGUACAUCCCCACCCUCUUCAUCGGGGAAGGACUCAGUGGCUUCAUCCCCGCUAUCUUCGCCUUGGCCCAAGGAGCUGGCAUUGCGAGUUGCGUCCAGGUCCCGGCGCCAACCUUCAACGCCAGCGUGGGCAACUCUUCCUGGGGCAACGUAUCGGGACCAGGGGACUCUCCCCUGAUGGAGACACGCUACUCCCCGCCCAACUUCUCCAGCUUGGUCUUCUUCCUCUUCCUGUCCGCCAUGAUGUUCUUCUGCCUGGUGGCCUUCCUCCUCCUCAACCGACAGCCCAAGUCGUGGGACCUUUCCACGCGGGACUUGUGUUCCAGCGAGAUCACCCUGCACUCCAUCCACAAGGUCCCAGCGGGCAAGGAGGAGCCGGCCAACUGGAAGGGAAGCCCAAGCUACUCUACGGAGAGAACGCUGGAGGACGCCAGGGAAGAGGACAAAGGGGCGGAGAAGGUCAUGUACACCUGCUCCAAAUUGGUCUUCAUCUACUUCCUGGUCACUUGGGUCAACGCGCUGACCAACGGCAUCCUUCCCUCUGUUCAAAGCUACUCCUGCUUGCCUUACGGCAACCUGGCCUACCACUUGGCGGCCACCUUGAGCUCCAUGGCCAACCCCCUGGCUUGCACCGUGGCCACCUUCCUACCCAACAGGUCACUUCUGUUCUUGGGGAUCCUGACCGUUGCAGGAACUGCCUUUGGGGUCUACAACCUGGCGAUGGCCGUGCUCAGCCCCUGCCCGCUCUUGCAGCACUCCGACUGGGGAGAUGCCCUGAUUGUGAUCUCCUGGGUGUCCUUCACCGGAGCCCUCACCUACGUCAAAGUGAUGCUGGGGAUGAUCCUUCGCAGCUGCAGCCACAACGCCCUAGUCUGGUACGGAGCGGUGGAACAACUGGGCUCUCUGCUCGGAGCUGUGUUGAUGUUCCCCUUGGUGAACGUCUACCACUUCUUCCAGUCUGCUGACUUCUGCAGCUACCAGUGCCCGGCGUGACCUGCCGAGAUUGAAGCAGAGGCUUUUUCCAAGCCUGCCAGCCACGUGCAUUCUGGGAACUGUCUCCCAGAAGUAGUCCCCCCCCCAAAAAAACCCCACCCCUCUCUUUUUAGACAGAAAGAAGGCAAGGUGUUGGAGAAGAUAGCAAACCAAGGGAGAUGUCUGCGAAGGACCACAUCUUCCUAGUCAACAGCAAUCCAGGUAGCAAAGGGAACGCAUUUUUGAGUUUUUGCUCUACACAUCAUUAACGUUUGGGGGUCCUUAAAGUAGGGUGGAUGUAGCUUGGUGGAGAAAAAUCUGGGGGAGCCCCAGAGGACUGUGGAAAUUUGCUGCCAUCAUGACUUUGCUUGGACUCUGGCAACCCGGAGGAGGCAGCCGUGCGUAAGAAU